GAGAGAGGAGAGAGAGCAGGCAGCCUUCAUUCUAUUUAGUGUAAAAAACCCUAAACAAUACAGGAAUCAAUCAAUCUGUUUGUGAACUAACUGAAAAUCUAUUCAUCUAUCUGAUAGAUAGAUAGAUAGAUAUAGAUAAACAAACAGAAGAGAUGGAUGUUCCAAAUCUUGCUAUCGUUCUAAAAGCAGCUCUUAGCCCCAAUCCUGCUGAACGCAAAGCUGCUGAAGAUACCCUCAAUCAGUAUCAGUAUACGCCACAGCAUUUAGUGAGGAUGCUACAAAUAAUUGUGGAUGGAAAUUGUGAAAUUGGUGUUAGGCAGGUUGCCAGUAUUCAUUUUAAAAACUUCAUUGCUAAAUAUUGGUCUCCCCAUGAUUCAGGUGAACAAUCCAAGAUUUUGCCAAGUGAUAAGGAUUUGGUAAGGCAGAACAUCCUUGUUUUUGUUGCACAGCUUCCUCCGUUGUUGAGGGCACAGUUGGGCGAGUGUUUGAAGACAAUAAUCCAUGCGGAUUAUCCCGAACAAUGGCCGGCACUUUUGCAUUGGGUGACACAUAAUUUGCAAGACCAGCAAGUUUAUGGAGCACUUUUUGUGCUUAGAAUUCUUGCUAGGAAAUAUGAGUUCAAGUCAGAUGAGGAGAGGAUUCCAGUUUACCAUGUUGUUGACGAGACGUUUCCUCAUUUGCUAAAUAUAUUCAGCAGGCUUGUUCAGAUAGGAAAUCAGACGAUUGAAGUAGCAGAUCUGAUUAAGCUGAUCUGCAAAAUAUUCUGGUCGUCAAUAUAUCUGGAGAUUCCAAAGAAUUUGUUUGACCCAAAUGUGUUCAAUGCUUGGAUGGUUCUUUUUUUGAAUAUGUUGGAGAGGCCCGUUCCAUCAGAGGGUCAACCAACCGAUCCAGAGCUCCGCAAGUCAUGGGGUUGGUGGAAGGUAAAAAAGUGGACAGUCCAUAUAUUAAAUCGCCUCUACACUCGGUUUGGAGAUUUAAAAUUGCAAAAUCCAGAGAACAAAGCUUUUGCACAACACUUCCAGAAAAAUUAUGCUGGGAAAAUUUUGGAGUGUCACCUUAACUUGUUGAAUGCAAUUCGUAUUGGUGACUAUUUACCUGACAGGGUCACCAAUCUUAUUUUGCAAUACUUGAGCAACAGUAUUUCCAAGACUACAAUGUACAAUCUGCUGCAACCAAGACUUGAUGUUGUUCUUUUUGAGAUAAUUUUUCCACUUAUGUGCUUCAAUGACAAUGAUCAAACCCUUUGGGAGGAAGAUCCGCAUGAGUAUGUGAGGAAGGGUUAUGAUAUUAUUGAAGAUCUAUACAGUCCAAGGACUGCAGCAAUGGACUUUGUGAGUGAGUUGGUAAGAAAACGUGGAAAGGAGAACCUUCAAAAGUUCAUAUUCUUCAUUGUGGAGAUUUUUAAUAGGUACGAAGCAGUAUCAGGUGAGUUUAAGCCUUAUCGGCAAAAGGAUGGUGCACUUCUUGCUAUUGGAGCACUGUGUGAUAAACUGAAACAGACUGAACCAUAUAAAUCUGAGCUCGAGCCCAUGUUAGUGCAGCAUGUUUUCCCGGAGUUUGCCAGUCCUGUAGGCCAUCUCAGAGCCAAAGCUGCAUGGGUUGCAGGGCAGUAUGCACAUGUUAAUUUCUCUGACCCAAAUAAUUUCCGCAAAGCACUACAAAGUGUUGUUGCUGGGAUGCGUGACCCUGAGCUUCCUGUUCGCGUUGAUUCUGUUUUUGCAUUGCGUUCUUUUGUUGAAUCAUGCAAAGAUCUAAGCGAAAUCAGGCCAAUACUUCCACAGCUACUUGACGACUUUUUUAAGUUAAUGGAUGAAGUUGAAAAUGAGGAUUUGGUGUUCACCCUUGAGACUAUUGUUGACAAGUUUGGAGAGGAGAUGGCACCCUACGCUCUUGGCUUGUGCCAGAGUCUGGCUGCUGCAUUUUGGAAGUGUAUCAAUACCUCCGAAGCUGAUGAAGAAGCAGAUGAUCCUGGUGCUUUGGCAGCUGCCGGCUGUUUACGUGCAAUUAGUACAAUUCUUGAAUCAGUGAGCAGGCUUCCUCAUAUUUUUGCACACAUUGAGCCAACUUUACUACCUAUAAUGCGCCGAAUGCUUACCACUGAUGGCCAAGAUGUCUUUGAAGAAGUUCUAGAAAUCGUAUCGUACAUGACCUUUUUUUCACCAACAAUAUCCAUGGAUAUGUGGAGUCUUUGGCCACUGCUGUUAGAAGCACUUGCUGAUUGGGCUAUUGAUUUUUUCCCGAAUAUCCUUGUCCCAUUGGACAAUUAUAUAUCUAGGAGUACAGUGCAUUAUCUGACAUGCAAGCAGCCAGACUACCAACAAAGUUUGUGGAAUGUGCUUUCGAAUGUAAUGAAUGAUAAAAACUUGGAGGACAGUGACAUUGAACCUGCACCUAAGCUUAUCGAAGUAGUGUUUCAGAACUGCAGGGGCCAGGUGGACCACUGGGUGGAACCAUAUAUUAGACUAACAGUAGAGCGUUUGCGGAUAGCAGAGAGACCCUACUUGAAAUGUCUUCUGGUCCAAGUUGUUGCUGAUGCUCUUUACUAUAAUGCUUCUUUGACACUCAACAUAUUGCAAAAGCUUGGUGUCGCCACAGAAGUUUUUAAUCUUUGGUUCCAGAUGUUGCAACAAACUAAGAAGAGUGGUGUGCGGGCAAACUUUAAGAGGGAACAUGAUAAGAAAGUGUGCUGUUUGGGUUUGACGUCUCUGCUUCAGCUUCCCCCUGACCAGUUACCUGGCGAGGCCUUGGAACGUGUUUUUAAGGCAACACUGGAGCUGCUUGUUGCCUACAAGGAUCAAGUAGCAGAAGCUGCAAAGGAAGAGCCUGAAGAUGAUGAUGACAUGAAUGAUGGUUUGGAAACUGAUGACGAUGAAGAUGAUGAAUCCGACAAUAUGGGAUUUGAUGGAGAGGAUGGAGAUGAAGCUGAUAGCUUGAGACUUCAGAGAUUGGCUGCACAGGCGAAGUCAUUUCGUCCGGCUGAUGAUGACGAUGAUGACUCUGAUGAUGACUUCAGUGAUGACGAGGACUUGCAAUCACCUAUAGAUGAAGUGGAUCCAUUUGUUUUCUUUAUGGAUACUGCAAAAGCCUUGCAAGCUUCAGAUCAAGUAAGGUUCCAAAACCUCUCGCAGACACUUGAUUUCCAUUAUCAGGCACUAGCAAAUGGUGUUGCUCAGCAUGCUGAUCAGAGAAGAGCUGAGAUUGAGAAAGAGAAGUUAGAGAAGGCAUCAGCUGCAGCAGCUGCCACGUGAUGUAUACACCUGUAUUCAAAUUUUGAUUUGUGCCCUCAAUUCUUUAUAAAUCCACACUCGAGAACCCUUGAAGUCCCAGUCCUUGAUGGUCUAUGGAAACCACCAUCAAAAGAAUUUUUCGCUUGACAAGAGAGUUCAAUAGAUUUGCCUGGAUUUUAUCAUAGUGUGAGUUAUGGAUAUCAUUUGUGUGGUGAGUCUAGUCAUUUGGCAAAUCUAUGGGAGAUGAGGCCUGUGUUUUUCACGGUUUUUGAUUAAGUGAUGAUAGUCUUAGUGUAUACGGGUCAAAAAGCCCCAAGGAGGAUUAAAAAAUAGUACCCUUAUGGGUAGGGUAUGUCAUGCAUACAGAGUCCAAUUUCAGUAUUUGUUGAUCAUUCUUAUGAGAUUGUUGGUGCUAUUAGAGCUUUUGAUGAAGCGUUUUUUGGGAGCAUUUUUUUUUAUUUUGGUGACCAUAAAAUUGUUAUAUUAUGGUUGGUCAUGAGAAUUUUAUGGCUUGUACAUUCACAGAAUCACAGGGUCAUCUUGUGCCUUUUUGUUCCUUGACAAUAUGUACACGAGAUAGAUUUACACGAGUUUUGCUUUGGAUA